AUUUCCCGGAUUGCCCUGUUAGGGUGAAGGAGACAGGUGGCAAGAGUAAGGGCUUUCCAGCGUGUCUCCUAUCUGGAGGCGGUGAGAAGAUUUGAAGGAGCGUGAGAAGACAGUGAUAACUGAGCCUACACAAGUGAACGUUUCUCGGCUACCAAGGAAUCCUGAUAUAUUACAUGUGAAAUAUAUUACAUGUGGACUUUGUAGUAUAUUUUUGCAAUGCUGAUAAACUACACAACACAAACGAAGAUUUGAAGUCAUUGAAGAAUUGAAGUCAUUGUGAGUGCAGCAGAACACAUUGGAACUCAAUGUGUUAACAUCCGAUACAUUGCAAGAAAUCCUGACAAAUGAUGUUCUGCCCUCACAGUUUACCACCACUACAGUAGGUGGCGGCAUGCACCUCUAGGAUUGUUUGCGGACCGCCAUAAUACUGCGGGAAGAAGACAUCCUGUUGCAGCUGAGCCCAGACAGCCAUGAGUAGCAGUGCUUUUGCUUUGAUCUGUAUACGGUGCAGUCUUUUUCUCCGCAUCCUCAGUCCUGUUGAAGUUUGUGAGCACAGCCCUGCAACUGCAAGCAAUCAUUCAUCAGCGCAGCUAAGAGAAAAGACCGCAAUGGAAGGGUGGAAGAGUCACGUGCGCGCUAGACUGUUCCAGAGAGAUUGUACACAAAAGGACCCCUUCAGUGGUAUCUUUAACACCUUGUCCGAGCUAGCGGAACAGCUUGAUUUACGGGAUACACUUUGGGAUGAGGUACAGAGACCCAGUUCUGAAGGAGAUGUUGGGCUGACAGUUGACCACAGAGAACUAUACCUCCAGCUCAGAGAGAGUGAACAUAUAACAGAAAAGCUCUCUCAGACAGUCUCUGACCUGACCACCGUCAUGUACCUGAAAGAUGCUGAGCUUCAAUACUGCCACUCGCAAGUCUCCCGCUAUCGGAAGGAAGCUGUCACUCAAGCCAGGGAGGCCAACCUUCUGCAGGCCAGCCUAUCAGAAUUUGAGUUUGCAUCGGCGAGCCAAUCAGAGGAGUUGGCAGCUCUGCGGUUGGAGCAGCGGGAGCUGAAGGAGGGGCUUGCAGCGGCCUGGAGAGAGAAAGAAGAGCUUCUGGAGCGAUGGAUGGAUGAGAAGAAGGAGGAGGCGGAGAGGGUGAACAGGCACAAUGACACACAGGAAAGGUGGCAUCGUUUCACCCGGCGACUCAACAAGCAUCACCGUAGAGAGAUGCUGCGACCAUGUGAGCAGACCAACUCCUGGACGACUGGUAGGCCUACAACUGAACCAGCAACCACCAUACAGACAGUGGCAGGCACACUCUUGUGUCCCAACUAAUGUCAAUGUCUGCUUUGAUCAGAGGAGGGUGGUGCACACUGCCCAGGAUGGACCUUUUAUCCCAAAAGCCUCCUGUACUGAAACACUCCUUCCUGUAAGACACACUGAAAAAACUAGACCUUGAAUGUGACUUUUUUGUGUGUAUAUAUUGAAGGAUAUUUGAAUGUGGGCUUUUAAUCAAUACUGUUGUGAAUUUCAGAUACGGUAUGUAUAGGCUUGUAAAUUAGUACCCAAGACCUAACUCAAUGUUUUCAAAUACCAUGAGAAUAAAGUAACUGUUCAGUCAUAUUUUUCACUAAAA